AUGCUGCCCCCGCUCGUGGAGUUCCCCGGCGACCGGUUGCUCACCAGGGAGGAAGCCGCUGCGCUCCAGGGACCUCUCUCGCGCCAACUGGACGGCCUGCUGGCAGCCGCCACGCAGCUCAUAGAGGUAGGGCAAGCUGCCUCUCCAGCCGUGCCCCUGCUCCUGCGUGGGCUGGAGGCGACCAAGGCUCAGCUGGGAGCUGUAGCACAGACCCUCUCCCAGCAUCAGGACCCUGCUUUGGGGUCCGAGGCUGCUCCUGCAGCCGAGGGUGAACCUGCUGCCGAGGGCGAUGUGCCACAUGCCGAACAGGCGAAGGCCGGCGAGGUGGGGCCGGGGCAACCGGGCGGAGCUGCAAGCACCGCCUCCAUGGCCAAACAUGACUUGAAUCGCCUGAACGCCGGCCUGAUGACCCUGCUCCAGUCCCUGACCCCCACCACCGAGGAGCUGGCGGUCCAGGAUGCGUCGCUGCAAAAGGUGACGUCGCUGCUGAAGGAGGCAUGGCCUGGCGCGAAUGUCGAGCUCUUUGGGUCUGUCGCCAAUGGGCUGAGUGUCCGUGGCACCAACGACCUGGACAUCUGCAUGCAGCUGCCUGAGUCGUCUGAUGCCAAGGAGUCCAAAGUGGAGGCUGCACUGCGGGUGGCGGAGACCGUUUGGGAAGCGGGCAUGGAAGAUGUGAAGGACCUUCCCGGCGCCAGGAUUCCUGUUGUCAAGUUUGGGCUCCCCGGCACGGCCCUGCGUGUCGACGUGACCAUCGACAACGAUCUGGCCUGCGCAAACACGCGCUACCUGGCAGCGUACGCCGCCAUCGACCCACGCUUCCGGCAGCUGGUGACCAUCGUGAAGCACUGGGCCAAGCGGCGGAAGGUGAACGAGCCGUACACUGGCACCCUCUCUUCCUACUGCUAUGCGCUGAUGUGUGUACACCUGCUGCAGACCCGGUCGCCCCCAAUCCUGCCGGCCCUGCAGCUGCUGCCCCACACCCACACCGGCAGCAUCCAGGGCUGGGAUGUGGGCCACUAUGAUAAGGUCGAGACGCUUCAAGACUUUGGCAAUGCCAAUACACAAACCCUGGCUGAGCUGGUGUGGGACUUUUUCGAGUACUGGGCCUGGGGCCACGACUACCGCAGCACUGUCAUCAGCGUGCGGACCGCUGGGACCCUCACAAAGACGGAGAAGGGCUGGGCGCAGAGGGUGGGGCGAGAAAGGCACCUGGUGUGCAUCGAGGACCCUUUCGAGCUGAGCCACGACCUGGGGCGCACCGUCGACCGCCAGACCAGUGGGGUGCUGCGGAAGGAGUUCCUCCGGGCCGCCACACUCCUCCGUGACUCCCCAAACCCCCUGCACCAGCUGUUUGAGCGUUUCAUCGGGAAGCACCAUGCAGAGACCUGA